AACCUUAAUAAAAUUGUAAAAAUGUUUUUUUUUAAAAGAUAAUCAUUUUUUUUAAGAGACAGAGAAAAAAAUGUCAUAUUCUUUUCCGUGUAUAAAAAGGGAUUAUUUUUGUUUUUUUCCUGUCAAAAAAUCUCAAUUUUAUGGUUCUUUUUUACCUUUUUUAAUUCCUAUUUCUUUUGAUAGAUAUUUAUAUAAUAAUUAUGUGAUGAUGAGAGUAAGAAAUGGGCAUCAAUAUGCUCCAAGACGUACAAAAUAUAAAAAGGCUCAUAAAGGAAGAAUCCCAGUACCUAUAGGAAUGUCAAUUAAAGGGACUACAAUUAUGUAUGGUGAUUUCGGUAUGCGUCUUAAAGAUCAAGGAGUUCGAUUUACUGCAAAGCAACUUCAAACAGCUGAAAUGCAGAUUAAGAGAGUAAUAAAGCCUAUUAAAGGUGCUAAAAUAUAUACGAGAGUAUCUACAAACAUUGCAGUAUGUAUAAAAGGGAAUGAGACUCGUAUGGGAAAAGGAAAAGGUAGUUUUGACCAUUGGGCAGCAAGAGUACCUGUUGGACGUGUAGUUUUUGAGAUCGGAGGUGGUGGUAUUUCUAGUGAAGUUGCAACGGAAGCUCUUCGAAAAGCAGGAUAUAAAUUACCUGGAAAGUGGGAAAUUAUUAAACGAGAUAUGCCGGGAAGGAUUGGAUUGCAUUAUGCCCCUUAUAAAACAUUACCUAAUGAAGUAGAUACAUAGUUUUGUAAGAACAGUUUAUUUAUAAUGAAUGAUAUAUUUGAUAUUCUUUUUAGAUUAGUUAUUUAUUUAAAUAGAAUAUUAUAAAUUAAUUAAAAUCAUUAUAAUAAGAAGAAUGUAUUCUCAUGAAUUUUGAGACAAAUGCUUCUAAAUGGAAUAUUGCUUUAUUUCCAAGCUGAAGACGAUGUUCCUUUCUUUAUUAAUAAUAGAUUGUAUAGAGCAAAUUCUUACAUAAAAAGUCGCCCAUUCUAUAGUUUCUGGCUUUAAGGCAUCAUCUAUUUUUGAAAUUAAAUUAAAUGUUAAAACCUUUUUAUUAGAAAAAUAUAUAUUAAUAAGUUGUUUAUACUUCAAGAAUUAAUGAUGGAGGAAUACAAUGUGUAAUAAGUUCGUAAAGUUUACCACGUACUUGAAGAAUUCUAAAUAUUAGUAUUUUUUAUUAAAUUGCUAAUCUAUAAACCUUGACGGCGUUUGUUCUUGAAUAAUGGAAUCAGCAAUUUGACUAAUAUAUAUUUCCCAAUCAGGCAUAGGUAUAGUUAGAUCUUCAGUCAAAUAAGAGCUAUAUUAGAAUAUUAAUAAUGUGUAAUUGUCCAGAAACAUGUGCUACUUUUUCGCAUAAACUGCUUCCAGCAUUAAUAAAGCUCUUCUUAAAUUUCUUUUACAAUCUGAUGCGAUUUUAUUACAUAAGAGAUCUGGGAUUGAAAAAUGCUCUUUGGAUGCAAUAUACUUUAAAACAAUGAUAACAUCUUCUAAUUUAGGAGCCGAAACACGUACUAAAAAACAUCUUGAUUGAAUUGGCGCCAUAAUUUUGGACGUCGAAUUUGUAAUUAGAAUAAGGCGCAAAUUAGGAUAAUAUUUUUCCAUAGUUCGACGCAAUGCCGCCUGUGCUUCGCUAGUCAAAUGAUCUGCUUCAUUAAUAAUUACAACUUGAGCACAAUCAGCAUAACUUUUUAUUUUUUUUAAUAAA